AUGCUCCUAGUGUUCCUGAAAAAGUCAAGAGCGGUCGAUCAGACGCAAGGCCAGCCUGUUUCAUCUCGAUCGGUCACUGUGAUCGAUACCGGUACUGAAACAUUCCUCGAGAACAGAGUUCGACAAUAUUGGACUGAAGAACAGCAACAGACUGUUAUCCAGGUCGAACCUAUCCCCGACAGCAUUAGGGAUCACUUCACGACCGUGGUCUGCCUGUCUAUAGGCACUGAUCUUGGGUUCGCCACAACUUCAUCCAUCGACGAGCCUGUGGUCAGAGGGAUUGCAGAAGCGCUGGCAGAUGGAAGCUUUCUCGAUAUCUGUUUCCCGAACCUCUCCACCUUCAAUCCGAGAACGAACAUGGCCCAAUCGGUCGUGCUAGAAGAGGUAUUUCAGGAAGGGCGGAUCUGCCUCGAGCUCUACUGGCAGGUAUGCGCUCGACUUGCAUCUUCUUCGGCCCCCGUUCGUCCUACGAAAGGCAACCAAGCCAUCUCCGCCAUCCACAUAUGGGAGCAAAUGUACAAACGAUAUCCUAGGUUGCAAAGCGGAGCAUUGACUAUCAUCGACAUCGAGCUGUGCGAUGUUGACUGGCUGGACGGAUGGCCGAUCCGAUUCAUGACCAUGAACAUUGCUCAAAUCCUCGGAAGAGAGCACAGGCGAGUCUGGCUCAAUUCGCCCAUAGAUGGACAUAUGACGAAAAAGGCGACAGGAUCGUGGACGACAGACUUGGACUCUAUAAAGAUGAGGGGAUGGACCUCUAGCGUGAGGAAGACCCUUUGUUUCCUGGUUCAUCCCAGAAAGUACGUUUCCACCGCCAAUAACUCCAUGACAGUUCGACUCGAAGUUUCAGAGGAUUUGAGUACAUGCGCAGGCAUAAAGCACACCAUCCUGCCAGCCGAACACGCUUGGCAUAUCUCCUGUAAAGAUCUAGCUGAUGGGCCAGGUUUUGCGUACGGACAUACGGGACGGACGUACGCUAUCUUUCUGGUAUCGGCAGGGUCUAUCGCUGAGGGUACAGGCAGCACAUGCUUGUGGCCUCCCCAUCUUUGUUGUAUAUUCCAGACGUUUGUGAUGUAUGGUGAUGUAUGGUGA